AGUAUUGUCCUUCCUGAUACUGGUGGUCUAUAGCCAGAUAAUUCUGAUUUACCCUGACAGGAUUUUCUAAGAGUUCCACGUCUCUUUGAUCAAAUCCCAAGGAGAGAAGUUUUUCAUUUUCUUGAAAAAAAGGCAAAAAAUUUGUAACCAGUGGUAUUUACCAUCAUGGAGACCAAGAGCCCUAACAAUCCUCAGGAAAGACCCACACCCUCUACUAAUGGGAGGGUUUCAGAGGAAGACAAUCAUUUGUUGAUUAAAGCUACUAAAGAAGAUGACAUUGAGCUGGUCCAGCAAUUGCUAAAAAAAGGGGCUGAUGUCAAUUUCCAGGAUGAAGAAUGGGGCUGGUCACCUUUGCAUAAUGCAGUACAAAGUGGCAACGAGGACAUUGUGGAUCUUCUGCUUAACUAUGGUGCUGAGCCUUGUCUGCGGAAGAGGAAUGGGGCCACUCCCUUCAUAGUUGCUGGCAUCACUGGAAAUGUGAAGGUGCUCAAACUUUUACUUCCGAAAGUAGCAGAUGUCAACGAGUGCGAUGUUCAUGGCUUCACAGCUUUCAUGGAAGCCUCUGCGUAUGGUAGAGUCGAAGCCUUAAGGUUCCUGUAUAACAAUGGAGCCAAGGUGAAUUUGCAUCGAAAGACAAAGCAGGAUCAAGAGAAGAUUAGGAAAGGAGGGGCCACUGCUCUCAUGGAUGCUGCUGAAGAAGGGCAUGUAGAUGUCGUGAGGAUCCUCCUUCACGAGAUGGGGGCAGAUGUCAAUGCCCGAGACAAUAUGGGCAGAAAUGCUUUGACCCAUGCUCUUCUGCACUCUGACAAUGAGAAGGUGAAGGCCAUUACUCGCCUUCUGCUGGACUGUAAGGUUGAUGUCAGUGUGAGGGGGGAAGGAAAGAAGACGCCCCUGAUCCUGGCAGUGGAAAAGAAGAACCUGGGUUUGGUACAGAUGCUUCUGGAACAAAAACAUAUAGAGAUCAAUGACACAGACAAUGAGGGCAAAACAGCACUGCAUCUUGCUAUUGAACUCAAGCUGAAGGAAAUCGCCCAGUUGCUGUGCCACAAAGGAGCCAGAACAGAUUGUGGAGACCUUCUUGCCAUGGCAAGGCGCAAUUAUGACCAUGACCUUGCAAAGUUUCUUCGCCAGCAUGGAGCCGUAGAAGAUUUUCACCCUCCUGCUCAAGACUGGAAGCCGCAGAGCUCACGUUGGGGGGAAGCCCUGAAACAUCUCCACGGGAUAUACCGCCCUAUGAUUGGCAAACUUAAGAUCUUUAUUGAUGAAGAAUAUAAAAUUGCUGACACUUCUGAAGGGGGCAUCUACCUGGGGUUCUAUGAAGACCAAGAGGUAGCUGUGAAGCUAUUCUAUGAAGGCAGCAUACAUGGACAAAAUGAAGUCUCCUCGUUGCAGAGCAACCGAAUCAACAGUAAUGUGGUGACAUUCUAUGGCAGUGAGAACUACAAGGGCUCUCUGUAUGUGUGCCUCGCCCUGUGUGAACACACACUGGAGGAGCACUUGGCCAACCACAGAGGGGAGGCUGUGCGAAAUAAGGAAGAUGAGUUUGCUCGAAAUGUCCUCUCGUCUCUAUUUAAGGCUGUUAAGGAACUACACCUGUCUGGAUACACUCACCAGGAUCUGCAGCCACAAAACAUGUUAAUAGAUUACAAGAAUGGCGCUUACCUGGCAGAUUUCGAUAAAAGCAUCAAGUGGACCGGAGAUCCACAGGAAAUCAAGAGAGAUCUAAAGGCCCUGGGACUGCUGGUCCUGUACGUGGUAAACCAGGGAGACAUUUCUUUUGAGAGGCUGAAGGAUCUAAGAAAUGGAGAGUUGAUUCAACUUUCUCCAGAUGAGGAAACUCGGGACCUCAUUCAUCACCUGUUCUCCCCUGGGGACAAUGUGAAGGACCAUCUGAGUGGCCUGCUGGGUCAUCCCUUCUUUUGGAGUUGGGCGAGCCGCUACAGGACCCUUAGGGAUGUGGGAAAUGAAUCUGACAUCAAAAUGAGAAAUACUAAGGGCAAGAUCCUCCAGCUUCUGCAACCUGGAACAUCUGAACUUUCCACAAGUUUUGCCCAGUGGACAACUAAGAUUGACAAAUUUGUGAUGGAAAAAAUGAAUGAGUUUUAUAAAAAAGGCAACGUUUAUCAGGACACCGUGGGUGACCUGCUGAAGUUCAUCCGGAAUUUGGGAGAGCACAUCAAUGAAAAAAAGAAUCGAGAAAAGAAGAAUAUUUAUUUUGAUGAAAGUCAUUCCUCCUUCUGUGUGGAAAAGGGCCAUCACAAGGGUCUUACAGUCAACAGUGGACAUGCCCUGCAGGAUGAAGUCAAAAAUUGGAGCACCUUCCCAGUAUUUUCAGGAGAAAUUUCCCGAUCUGGUCAUGUAUGUCUAUAGGAAACUACAGAACACAGAAUACACAAAGCAUUUUCCAAAAACUCACAGCUAAAUACGCCUAGGUGUGAUGGAGGUGGUGGUGGUGAGCAGGCUGGCCAGCCCUAGUGCCUUUUGAAUUCAGGGAAGUAUUUUUUUGCUGUGUAAUCCUGGGCGAGUCACAACUCUCUGGGCCUCUUGACAUUUUUUUUUUUUUUUGGCCGCACCACGUGGCAUGUGGGAUCUUAGUUCCCCCACCAGGGACUGAAGCCAUGCCCCCUGUAGUGGAAGCACGGAGUCCUAACCACUGGACCACCAGGGAAUUCCCUGAGCCUUUUGACUAACCUGGUUGCUUGUGAGCAAUGAAUUGGAUAGCUGAUGUGUCAGUUCCUGGUGCUGUGCUCAGCAUUCUCCACGUUUAUAACAAAAAAAAGCAUAUGCUCAAACUACUCUAGUCCUUUUUAAGGGUAAAGCUUAGUGGCAGGAGCUGGGAGAGCAUCCUGCUAAGAUUCCUCUUGUCAACUGCACCAAAGGAGUGAGUUCCUAAACCUCUAAUGUUUUAUGUUUUACAUCAAUUAUCUCAUGUAAUUCUCCCAACAACCUUGCAAGAUAAGAUUAAUAUCCCCUUUUAGGAACUGAAGAGCCUGAGAGACUCAGGGAAAUUGAACUACUUGCCCCAGAUUAUACAACUUGCACAGAGCGCAGUAUAAAUGGACGUGGUGUUAUUGUUACCUCUCACUCGGCACCUUAGAACUUAAUUACUAACUCAGAGCUCUUCUACAUGAGACCCAAAAGGUCAAAUGGGCUCUGGGUGGCUCAUUCAUUCAUUCAAUAUUUGUUGAGCACUAACUAGUAUAAGUCUAAGCACCAACUGUAUGAAAUGCGUUCCUUCUAGAAUCACCUGUGUUGGUUUUCUAUUAUGUCAAGGCUGUAUUUCUCAACUGUAGGCAAUCUUGCCCUUCAGGGGCCAUUGGGCAGUUAAAAUGUCUGUCAAAGCUGAGGGUGGGGGGUUGUACUGGCAUCUAGUAGAUAGAGGUCAAGGAUGCUGCUGAACAUUCUAUGAUAUGCACAGGAUAGCACCCCCGAAACACAGAAUUAUCCGGAAGAACAGAAUUAUCAGUGACACUGAGGUUGAGAAAUCCUGCCUUAGCGGGCUGGGCUACCUUUGAACUGGCUGGGAGCCCAGGACUGUGAACUGUGUGGCUCACCUCACAGAGGACUGACUUGAGUGUGAUGUCUUGCUUUUCGAUCUGCAGUGAGACAGUUCCAGUGUCACCCCCUCAGGAAGUCCUCUGAAUGCCCUCACUUUCCACACCCCUGUCUGAGUGUCCUCUCUGGCUUCCUAGCACCCAUGGCCACCCAAGAGCAUGUUUCUCUCCACCCAGAGCAUGAUUCUUCCCCACUGGAAUGAUAUAUAUGUAAUUGGCUCCUUAGGGCCCAUGAUAGAUAUAUUUUUUGAUGUGUAUCGUACAGCCUAGCAAAAUGUCUGCCACAUGGUAAUGACCAAUAAAUAUGCAUUAAAAAUGAACGAUCCCUCUUCAUACAUGAGUAAUAAUGCUAGGACAUAUUUUGAUGGUGUUUUAUAAGUUGUAAAUUACACCUGCAUAUUUUACUUCUUUUAGUUUUCAAAAUAAUCCUGUAAGAUAAGUGUUGUGAUCCUCAUUUUGCAGGUGAGGAAACUAAGGUUAGAGACGUGUUGAUUUACUCUAAUGCAUAGGAAGUGUCACUGUCUGUAUUUGAAAAGAUUUUCUGGCAUGAAGUCUGAUGUUCUUUCCAUUUAUCCUCACUGUGGUGGUGAAGAUGAAGCUUUGUAAUGAGAGGAGCUGGGAGAAAAAACAGUGUCUUAGGUUCUUUCUGAAAAGGAGAUGGUCUUGACUUCCCUGGUGGUCCCGUGGUUAAGGCUCUGCACUUCCAGCGCAGGGGGUGCGGGUUCGAUCCCUGGUUGGGGACUAAGAUACCAUAUGCCACAGGGCAUGGCCAAAAAUAAAUAAAUAAAUAGAAUUUAAAAAGGAGGUGGUCUAAGAAGGGUGCCACUGAAUGAAAUUAACAAGUACUGGAAGAAAAAAACUUAAGACUUUUCUUUAAGGUUUUAGGAGCAGCAAGGUUGCUUUAAGUUUUAAAAGUAAGAUUUGUUUUUCUGAUUUGUAGUGAGUACUCGGAUAUGACAAUCAAAUGCCCAUUUGUAAAGCAUAUUCAAUAAAACUUUGAAUUACCUGAA